AUGCUAGAGCGAUCUAGUUCCUUAGAUGUGGAGCCAUUUCGAAUUAGUAGACGGUCUUUGCUAACUGCGAACAUCAUUCUUUCUAUCGGCCUUAUUUUUAUAAAUAAGGAAAUUUUUGAGGAAUUUGGCUUUCCUCACGCACUUAUACUUACCACUAUUCAUUUUGCAUUUACUCUUUUAGUAUUAAUAGCUUGCCGUUGGCUAGGGAUUUUCAAGUUCAGGAGGUUGCCUAUAUUCGAGAUCCUACUAGCAUGUCUAGGCUUUUGCGCCUAUGUUUCCCUCUCCAACCUUUCUCUCAUGCUCAACCCAGUGUGA